AUGUGUGUUGACUCCUGGCCUACAUUCACUACUGCCAUUUGUUACCGUCAAACACAGGGAUGCAGCAGUUCCGGGACGAUACCUGAAAUCUGCACCGUCUUCAGCAAGAACCUGGGAUCUGUGAGAAGUCUGCUGCUUAAUGAGAGAGUCGUAAACUGGAGGAACGGACUCAUAUUCAGAGGUAGGUGUUGCCGCUGCCAAUUUCCAUUCUGGAUGAGUCCCACGUGGAGCUCGUCGACACACGCUUGCCUUACGGUGGCAGCCAGGAGAGCCUCAACCCACGUGAGAGACUGUAUCCGCCAUCUGCCAAACCACUGUGUGACGGAUGAGAAGGGCCGACCCGUGUCGUGGAUGCUGUCUGACGAGCUGUGUGAGCUGAGGAUGGCCUUCACCCUACCAGAGUACAGACGGGCCGGUCACCUCCGGGCUCUGUCUCUGGCUCUGCUCCACAGGAUGAGCUCUGUGGGUCUGCCCGUCUACUGCCACAUCCUACAGCAGAACCAGGCCACCAUUAACACUGUGACCUUGACUUCUCCGCUUGUCUCAGUAUGA